AUGGAUCCGAAUACGCCUUCGCGACCGCCUGACUACAGCCUCCCAGCCUACGAUGAUCGCGACGACGACACCCCGACCGGGCGUUCCAACAAUCCCGCCGCCAUCCGCCUCUUGACUUCAGUAGAGGAGCCUAAUCACAGCCGCCCAGCGUAUGUAGUUUCCAACCUUCACAUCCAGACAGCUUCUUUCAGCAACAGCGCUUCACAAGUUUCUGCUGCUUCCACUUCUACAUCUGAUUCGUUUUCUUUGCGCGUUCCUUCGUCUCCUUCUCAACCGCAGCAUCUCAAGACGCCCGAGUCGUCGUCUAGCCUCUUCCCGCGCCCGCUCUCGCUGCGCAGAAAGAAGUCGGGCGCAGCAGACCCGGUGAUCUCGACUCCUGAACACCUGAAAGUAUUGCGGCAGCAGGAGGAGGCGCUACCGUCGACCUCUUCGUCUCCAACGAUUGUUCGCGUGCCAAGGGUGACCAGCGUGGAUGCUGUUGACUCGAGUGAUACUCAGCACAUCUCUCCCAAGUCAGCACGCUCUACUACAGUUAAGCUGCAGAAAAGGAAGAAGUCUAGCUACAUGAGAGACGCAGAGUUGCGGAGCAGUCUCCCGACUAUACCAGAGGGUCUCUCGCCGCGGAGGAAGGAGUUUCAUAAAUCUUCUUGCUGCCCUGUUGCCCCCUUGUCAGACUCCAGUUCAAGCGGAAGCUCACACGCAGAAAAUAGGCCCCGAUCAUCGAGACGUUCUUACGCAUCGUCCAUCAUAUCCGACCGCUCGUCUAUCCGAGACCCGCCCAGCAUGCCGCCGCCCGACUCGACCUACGUGCCGUUCCAGGGCCGCGACUACGCUCGCGAGUAUGAACGUACUUACGAACAGGAGUAUGACCACGAUUACACGUACGAUUUCCAGUCCGGCCGCGACUCCCCUACCAGGACAUACAGUCCCUCUCGCCUUUCUUCAGAGUUCACCAGACCACCUCCAACUGGAAUCUAUGAGCCUGCCGACCUCAAUGGCAGCCCUAGACCGGGAACCCCGUCGUCCAGAUACGGCGGAAGCCCAAGGCGUCCCCUCCCUCCCGCACCGCUGUUCUCGGCUGGCGCAAACCGUAACUCGGCUGCCUUUGCUGAUGAUGCUACGGUCUCAAUUCCUCUGCAUGACGCCGAUGACGUCUUCGGCCCGGAGACUGACAUUAGCGAGAGCCAUCUCAUGAAGGAGUCAUACCUCUCUCAUGACCAAGUUACCCUUAGUGAGGAGGGGACCGAAACCGACAUCAAUGAGAAGGUUGAGCACUACGGUCCCGCUCCUGAUGGAAAGCAGGAACGUAGAGGUGUGCGUGCACCGCAAAUGUCGAGGAAGGAGGUCCAGCUUAUCAACGGAGAGCUGGUUCUGGAGUGCAAGAUCCCCACGAUUCUCUACAGUUUCCUGCCGCGCCGCGACGAGGUCGAGUUCACUCAUAUGCGGUACACGGCUGUCACCUGCGACCCUGACGACUUUGUUGAACGUGGGUAUAAACUGCGGCAGACCAUUGGCAAGACCACCCGUGAGACUGAGCUGUUCAUCUGCGUCACCAUGUUCAACGAGAACGAGUUUGACUUCACGAGAACAAUGUACGCCGUCAUGAAGAAUAUUUCUCACUUCUGCUCGCGUUCCCGUUCGCGUACCUGGGGUGACCAGGGAUGGCAAAAGAUUGUCGUCUGCAUCGUCUCCGACGGCAGAGAGAAAAUUCACCCGCGUACGCUCGAUGCGUUGGCUGCCAUGGGCGUCUACCAGCAUGGUAUCGCCAAGAACUUUGUCAAUCAGAAGGCCGUGCAGGCUCACGUGUACGAGUACACGACGCAGGUCUCGCUCGACUCGGACCUCAAGUUCAAGGGUGCCGAGAAGGGCAUCGUCCCCUGCCAGAUGAUUUUCUGUCUCAAGGAGAAGAACCAGAGGAAGCUCAACUCCCACCGUUGGUUCUUCAACGCCUUUGGAAAGGCCCUCAACCCCAAUGUUUGUAUCUUGCUCGACGUGGGUACCAGGCCCGGUGGCAAUUCGCUCUACCAUCUCUGGAAGGCAUUCGACAACGACUCCAACGUUGCCGGUGCUUGUGGUGAGAUCAAGGCAAUGAAGGGACGAUUCGGAUCGAACCUGCUGAAUCCUCUCGUCGCGUCACAAAACUUUGAGUACAAGAUGUCAAACAUCCUGGACAAGCCCUUGGAAUCGAUCUUUGGCUACAUUACUGUGUUACCUGGUGCGCUUAGUGCGUACCGUUACCACGCCCUGCAGAACGACGAGACUGGCCAUGGCCCCCUCAGUCAGUACUUCAAGGGAGAGACGCUCCACGGCCAGCAUGCAGACGUUUUCACGGCAAACAUGUACCUUGCUGAGGAUCGUAUUCUUUGCUGGGAGCUGGUAGCCAAACGUGGAGAGAGCUGGGUGUUGAAGUACGUCAAGGGUUGUCACGGUGAGACGGAUGUGCCAGACACUGUUCCCGAGUUCAUCUCGCAGAGACGUCGUUGGCUGAACGGCGCCUUCUUUGCUGCCGUCUACUCGCUGGUCCACUUCAAACAGAUCUGGUCGACAGACCACACGAUUGCGCGCAAAGUACUCCUCCACAUUGAAUUCGUCUACCAGUUCCUCCAGCUCAUGUUCACCUACUUCUCCCUGGCAAACUUCUACCUCACCUUCUACUUCGUGGCGGGCGGUCUGGCCGACCCCACGGUCGAUCCCUUUGGUCACAAAAUUGGUCUCUACAUCUUCACUUUCCUGCGGUACACCUGCGUGCUGCUCAUUUGCACACAAUUCAUCUUGUCACUAGGUAAUCGUCCGCAGGGCGCGAAGAAAAUGUACCUGUUCAGUAUGGUCGCUUAUAGCAUCAUCAUGAUAUACACGACCUUCGCCACCAUCUUCAUCGUCGUCCGGCAGUUUAAGGAAAAGGACAACCCCGAGAUCCACAUGGGCCAGAACGUCUUCACCAAUCUCAUUGUCUCCACGCUCUCGACCGUCGGCCUCUACUUCAUCAUGUCGUUCCUGUACCUCGAUCCUUGGCACAUGUUCACCAGUUCGGCGCAGUACUUCAUGCUGCUCCCGGCCUACAUCUGUACGCUCCAGGUCUACGCGUUCUGCAACACGCACGACGUCACAUGGGGAACCAAGGGAGACAACGUCAUCAAGACGGACCUGGGAGGUGCCAUCGGAAAGGGAAACAGCGUCGAGCUGGAGAUGCCUUCAGAGCAGCUCGACAUCGACUCCGGGUAUGAUGAGGCGCUCCGCAACCUCCGUGACCGCGUCGAGGUCCCGCCCAACGCCAUUUCCGAAGCGCAGAUGCAGGAGGACUACUACAAGAGCGUGCGUACCUACAUGGUGCUCUCGUGGCUCAUCGCCAACGCCAUCCUCGCCAUGGCUGUGUCCGAGGCCUACAGCGAGCGCGGUAUCGGCGAGAACUUUUACCUCGCCUUCAUUCUCUGGGCCGUCGCCAUUCUUGCCGUCUUCCGUGCGUUAGGCUCAGGCACAUACGCCGUGCUCAACCUCGUCAGCAUCAUCGUCGAGGGCCAAGUGCGCAUGAGUCUCAAGAUGCCCAAGUGGAUGGGCGGCUUCGGAGAAAAGGUCAGCGACAAAAUGAGCAGCAUGUCGAGCAGUAUGGGGAGCAGUGUCGGCGGCAGCCGGCUUAGUGGAAGCCGUCUCAGUGGCAGCCGCUUCACCAACCCUUUCCGUCGCUGA